GCUCGUGCUCCAACUAUUGCGGCCCGGGCAACGCCUGCUGCCGAUGGCGUGCGCACCAUGACCCACCUGAGUGCCGAUCGGUGAAGUGGUGGCCGGUGAUCCAUUGGCACACCUGCGUGAUGACAAGCCACGCUAGCCAAGAGCCUGCGUCGAACCAGCCUGGGGCAACGGGCAAUGCUGAUUGCUCGAAUCGGGCUGCGGGUGGUGAGGUCAUCACUGUUUACCACCAGACUGGCUGUGACAUCGGCCCAAA